AUGUACGGUGUGUCACUGCUGUAUGGACGCCAUCGUACCUGUGGAAUCCUUAUGGAUAUGGAUGAAAGACUCGGAGUAGAAGAUGUGUGGCGCUGCAAAGAGUUUUUGUACCUGCCCGAAAGAGAGCGAGGAUCGGGCGCGGCCGUUUUGCGUUUUGAUCCAUUCCAUCCGAGUGCAGCUUCGGAGUCGGAGAGAGCUCGCGAGGCGGUGCCAGCCGAGCACACGUUCGGUAUAUUCUGGGAACGUCACGGCGCUGCUCAGGUCCAGGGCACGUCGAGCCCGCUGGAAACCUUCGUGCUUGUUCGCGACACUUGCGAUUGUAACUUUAAGACGAGUAGCGGUGCCGGAUUGAAGCGACUCGUGAAACCUUCCGCCGGGUUUGAGAUGAAGCACAACUCCGACUCCGGGACUGGCCGAGCACUCGCGAAGUGGCAAAGAGCCUGA